AUGACUGCCAUCCAGCUACAAGAAUUUAUUGACCGCCACCCAGGGAUCCCACCCAGUAUAUUCAUUGCUCAUCAAGGAAAGGACCUCCAUGGCUAUUACCCUGAGCAGCUUGCAAGAGUUCAUUAUGCUUAUAUGUGAAGAUUAUCUCCCAGACCUCUCAUAGACUUGGAAAUUCCACCUAAGAGAAAAAGUCAGUAUCAGCCUCAAUUAGACCAACAAACUCUCAUUCAAUACAUUUGUUUUCGAAGACAUUCAAAGCCUGCCGAGCCAUGGUAUAAAGAAACUAUGUACCAAAGAGACUAUUCUUUGCCAUUUUACAAGAUGGAGAUUGACUGGAGGACCAAGUUAGGAACCAUUUCAUCGAAUCCUAGACCACUUAAUUCACUGCCAGGGCAUUACUGUUGUGAAGAGAGUGGCUUUGAAAGAAAGGCUUUUAAACUAAAGUAA